ACGACUCUUGCCGAGCUGUCAACUGAGGACGACGGGCUGCCAGGACCAUCGUCGCUCGCUGCGUCGUCCCGAAAGCGCGAUCGUCUAGCUCUCGAGGGUGGCAUGUCCGUUGAGACGCAAGUUCUUGCUCUAGAGCAGGCCGCGACGGCGUUGCACGCAGCUCUCUCUGCAUCGCUGCAACCUUUGCGCGGAGGGGUGUUUGCCAGCCUCCGACUCGCCGGCGAGCACGCGUCCCUCAUCAAGGCUUACCGGUCUCCGGACCCGUUCAACGUGCACACAGCCAAGGGACACACUUCCCCAAUCUUCAGUUUUUGCGCCGACUUUCCCGCGCUCUUUGAGUUGCGGGAUGGCCUCUACUACGCCGUCGCAGCCCCGACGUGGCUGCCCUUUGAGCACGACGACGACGAGGCCUUCAAGUGCGCCGAGGUGAAACACAACGCCUCGAUUCCGGAUGUGGGCUGGUCAGAUGUCGUCAAGGCGAAGGACAACUUUGUGUCCUUCGUGCUCGGUGUCAUUGAUUCUUCGCCCCCUCCCGCUCCCGAAGACGCCGGCCUGGUGGCUCUCUUUGCGGACCAGAUUCGCUCCCGGCAAAGGGGCGGGAUUGUGACGACGAUGCUCGACGUCGAUCACUUGGCCUGCGCGCUUGUGGCCCUGCAGCGCCGCGCACAGGUCGCGUCACCGCGCUACGACGAGUCCGCCUCUCGGGGGCUUUGGCUGCUGGCCCGACUGGAGGGCAAGCGUGGCUCGCUGCUCCUGCCCGGAGCAGCGCUUGUGGAGGAGGGGCUGGGUGGGUCGAUCGACAAGGCGUUCACCGGCCUGUGCCUUCGGUUCUACGAGGAGGCGAACAACGGCGUGCUGCGGAAGGCCCGUAUGGCGGAGCAGGCGCCGCAGCGCGUGCUUGCAGCGGGUGCGGCUUCCGUUAGCAGCGUCUCCGAGGCCGCGAGCGGGGCGGCGUCCUCCUCCUCGGACAGUCUACGCCUCAAGGCUCUCGCCACAGUAGUGCCGCACUUGCGCAUGAUCGCUGAGGCGGCGGCGGCCAUCGGCUGGACGGGCGAGGCGCUCCAGCACACACUCUUCCCCAUCGCGCUCAUGAACAACGUCUUCGGCGACGACCUGCUCGACGCCAUCCGCGUGAGCGCGGCAUGCACCUUCGGAGAAAUGCGGCUCCUCAAUGCCGAGACAGGGCUAACUGUGGAGGACAUGGGCGAGACGGAGAAGGCGCAGUCGCGCAAGGCGCGGCUCGACGGCUGCCGCCGUUGGCGGGAGGCCAAAGACCCUGCAUACUUGGCCCCGACAACGGGGCAGGGGAUGCACGCACGCGACCUCCGCGAGGAGGAGAAGCGUAUGUGAUUUUAAGCCGCUGGUGCAGGAAAAUUCGUUGUACUUUGAGAGCGCCUUCGUUGUUAAU